AAUUGAUUUAUCUGAUGUAUUUGAACGUAGCUAUGCGUGAGCGGUGAAUUAUUACAUGUAACACUGAAUUUGGCUUUGGAAUACCACAUUUCGAUUUUGAGUUGACAUUGACGGCUUAACGUACGUCGUAGGUAGCUAACGUAGGCUACAGUAUCAGCAACAAGCUAGCUAGUUAGUCUGUACUUGUCCUGAAGGAAUUUAUGUUGUAGCUAGCUGACUAUAAUCCCUGCCAGUGUGCAUAGCCUAAAACAUAUGAAUCACUUUGGUUGUCGAUAUUGAUGUAUUAUCUAAACACACAUGGAGUAUUGAGCUAACGACAGUUAGCUGCUGCUGUCUCAUUAAUUGAUCGACUUUUCCAACCAGCCAGAACCACCUGCAACUGGUAUCCCUCCCAUCCUGGCUGGGGGUAGCUGGCCGGCGGCUCAAGUAUUUUGGACCUGGCCCAGCCUAUGUGGGGAGCAGAAGAGUCUGAGUCAGAGCUGAAGAUGGUCUGAUGGACCUCCGCUUUUUGCUGACUUUCCUCUUCUGCUCAGUCUCGUGGAUCUUCUUCUGGGAAGUGCGCUGGAAGAAAGGCAAAGAAAGUCAGAUUGAAGAAUGGAUUCAAGGCCACAGUCUCUCCGAAUACAAACACUUAUUUGAAGAUGUGGAGACUCUGGAGGAGCUGAGCCUGAGUAUUCUGACUCGUCUGGAGUACGUGGUGAGAGAGAAGCGGCGCUGGAGGGACAUCGCAGAGGCUCAUAUCCAGCUGCUGCGAGACUUUGCCUUCCAGGAGUGGCUCUGCUCUCAGAGCCUUGAGCACUACUAUCAUACACUGAAGACCUUGGGUUGUAUGACUCUGGAUGAUCUAGCCCAGUUUGACAGCCAGUUGCAGCUCUCUCUUGCUGCGUGGGGAUACUACUACGAAGACUACAUCAAGCUGUCCACGGGCGUCAAGGUUCUCCAGGCCUCUAGGGGGAGCCGCGACCAGGACUACGAGAUCCAACUUGUGCACAGCCUUGCUGAAAGGCGCCUGAAUGAGAAGUGGUCUAUCGCGGGAGCUUUUAUAUUUGGCUGUACUGUGGCACUGUGCUUUCUGAUAAGGGACCUCAUGUUUUACGUGAUUGGUGGAAUUACUGUUUCCAUCAUAGCGUUUGUCUUUACCAUCAAGUUCCUAUGUGAGCUUGCUGCGCGGGUGGUUAGCUUUCUGCAGAAUGAGGAUCCCGGGAGAAGGGGUGACCGCAGCAUCUACGACUAUGUACGAGGGAACUACCUGGACCCGCGCUCCUGCAAGGUGUCCUGGGAUUGGAAGGACCCACAGGAAGUGGGCCAGACUAUGAGCUUCCGUGUUCACCUCUUCUACAAGAACGGCCAGCCCUUCCCUGCCCACCGACCCGUGGGGUUAAGGGUCAACAUCACUCACAUAGAGCUGGCCCUAGACAUCCCCAUCACCCAGGAGGUUCUGCAGGAGCCAGAGUCCAAUGUGGUCAAACUGGCCUUCACUGUCCGCAAGGCCGGACGCUAUGAGGUAGCUGUCAAACUGGGAGGACUCAACGUGGCCUACAGCCCUUACUACAAGAUAUUCAAAUCAGGGACAGUGGACCCGUCCAAAACGAAGAUAGCCUACCACUUCUCCACCCUGGUCUUAGUAUAUGGCCAGCAGCAUACCCUGCAGAUCGAGCCUCGGGACGAGUAUGGCAACCCCACCAGUAACUCCACCUCACUGAUAGACGAAGUCAACUACAGCGUCCACGUCCACUCGCUGGGCACGGUGGAUGACGACAGCCUGAAGGAGUACUACUGUAAGUCAGUGUCAUCCAACAAGCAGCUGUGCCAGGUACUGCUGAAGAUCACCCUGAGGAAGAAGGGCUGUUUCCGGGCACGCAUCUCCUAUAGCGACCUGCCCAUCAGCAACGGGGAGUUCGACAUCAUUGUUCUCAGUGAGAAUGAGAAGAAGUGUGUGGAGAAGAACGUGUCCACCACAGGGAUCAGCAUCUACUUUGAGGCGUACCUGUAUGGCUCAGGGAACUACAGUAACUACAGUAACUCCUCGUGGCAGCUCCCAGCCUCGGCUCUGAUGGCCCCUCAGAGACGGCCCUCCAUGGGGGACGAGGAGGACGAGCAUGACUCCCCUGUAGAGGGCCAGCCGGAGAAGGUCAAGAAACCAAAAAAGGUCUACUGCUACAUAUCGCCAAAGCAACUGUCAGUGAAGGAGUUUUACCUGAAAAUCAUUCCAUGGCGCCUUUUCACCUUUCGAGUUUGCCCAGGGACAAAGUUCACAUACUAUGGCCCUGACCCCGUUCACAAGUACUUGACUCUUGUGGUGGAUGAUGGGAUCCAGCCGCCAGUGGAGCUGAGCUGUAAAGACAGAAACAUCAUGGCUGCCACCUUCAUCCGUUUCCUGCACAAGAAUAUCGGUGGCUCGGAGACGUUCCAGGACAAGGUGAGCUUCUUCCAGAGGGAGCUCAGACACAUCCACUCCAAGAGACCACGCACCAAGACCUGCCUGAAGAUCACACGCCACUGCAUCCUGGACUCUUCUCUGAAAUCCACCCGGAACUUCUCCGUGUCGGACUGGAGUAAGAACUUUGAGGUGGUGUUCCAGGAUGAGGAAGCUCUGGACUGGGGAGGGCCGCGAAGGGAGUGGUUUGAGCUCGUCUGUAAGACCCUGUUUGACACCACCAAUCAGCUGUUUACUCGCUUCAGUGACGACAACCAGGGCCUGGUCCACCCCAACGCUGAGCGGCCGGUCCACCUGCGUCUGAAGAUGUAUGAGUUUGCGGGGCGCGUGGUGGGGAAGUGCCUGUACGAGUCAGCCCUGGGCGGGGCCUACAAGCAGCUGGUCCGCGCUCGCUUCACCCGCUCCUUCCUGGCCCAGCUCAUCGGACUCAGGAUGAACUACAAAUACUUUGAGACGGAUGAUCAGGAGUUCUACAAAACGAAAGUCUGCUUCAUCCUAAACAAUGAUGUCAGUGAAAUGGACCUGGUGUUUGCUGAGGAGAAGUACAAGUCAGGACAGCUGGAGAAGGUGGUGGAGCUGAUAUCUGGAGGAGCUCAGAUUGCUGUCAACAAUGAGAACAAGAUGCAUUAUCUGAACCUGCUGGCCCAGUACAGGCUCGCCAGUCAGGUGCGAGACGAGGUGGAGCACUUUCUCAAAGGUUUGAAUGAACUUGUUCCGGAGAACCUCCUGGCCAUAUUUGAUGAGAAUGAGCUGGAGCUGUUGAUGUGCGGUACAGGGGACAUCAAUGUCCAGGACUUCAAGGCCCAUGCUGUGGUCGUAGGAGGGUCGUGGCACUUCAGAGAGAAGGUGAUGAAGUGGUUCUGGGCCGUGGUGUCCAGCUUCACCCAGGAGGAGUUGGCUCGCCUGCUGCAGUUCACCACCGGCUCCUCCCAGCUUCCCCCUGGAGGCUUCAACACCCUCUGCCCCUCAUUCCAGAUCAUUGCUGCUCCCACACACAGCACCCUGCCCACCGCACACACCUGUUUUAACCAGCUUUGCCUCCCCACCUAUGAUUCCUAUGAGGAGCUGCACAAGAUGCUGAAGCUGGCCAUCAGUGAGGGCAGUGAGGGCUUCGGCAUGCUCUGAGUGGCCCUAUCCCUGGAGCUCACCCCCAGACUCUGAGUGGCCCUAUCCCUGGAGCUCACCCCCAGACUCUGAGUGGCCCUAUCCCUGGAGCUCACCCCCAGACUCUGGUCACACUGUGGUCCUGCUCAUAUAGCAGUGGGGUACCAAUGACACCAGCGCCAACCAGGCCCCUGGUAUGCCUGUUACCCGCUCCAUCCGCUUUGGACAAUGGACAUCCCUCCUUGACUCACACGGACUACCCAUGAUCCUCUUUCAGCGGUAGAGGGCAUUAAAGGAAUUCCACAGGAAGUCCAGUAGGCUCUGGGAUGUCGUCAGGUGUCUGCACUAUGUGUAUAUACUGUACAAUGUUUGCUUUUCUAAUGAAGAACAUGACCUAGUGUUAGAAAAGGCUGGGUAGUUUUAUUCUAGAUGUUAGAGUUGUUUAAUUUGACGUUUUUGAGACAGAAUAUAGAGCUAGUUAAAGAGCCUAGUGAGCUUGGUGGGGUUUUUUUUUGGGGGGGGGAGAGCUGAGGAAGAUUUAAAUGCAAAAGCAGCCUACACAAAGUGUGGAGAAGCUGCACACCCCAUAGCACUUUGGCCUUACCUGAUCAGGGAAGGAUGUGUGUGUAUAUACUGCGAAAAGUAUGAAAAUGUAUGUACUCAUACUUUAAGUCGCUCUGCUAAAUGAUUAAAAUGUAAAAUGUAUAUACAGUAUAUAUUAUAUCCCUCUUUCAUUUCAAUGUGUACAUGCAUGUUAAAAGGUUGUCAUAGCAACAGUUCAGAUAUAGUUUCAAACAGAAGGGAUGAAAGGUACUUGAUAGAUCUUUGAGGUCAUACUUUUUUAUUGGUGGGAGUUUUAACACAUUACAGCUGAUUUCAUUUAUUUUUUAGUUAUCAUCGUUUCACAUCCACAAUUGACUUCAGUUUACAAAUACAUGGGUUUUCAAAAGAACAAACCGUUUGCUACCCCAUGUCAGUGUGUCUGUUUUAACUUAUGGACUGAUUCAUGUUGUUUUCACCCAUACCGUUGAUGACAAUGCUAUUUGUCUUGAGCCAUAACAGUUUUUGUUUUAAAACCUGCCUUAUUCAA